UCAAGCUCUUGAACAGUUGCUGGCACUUGAAAAACAGACCCGUCAGGCGGCGGAUCUCACUUCUUCAACCCGAGUGCUAAUUCACAUAGUGAAAUUAUGCUACCAGUCUGGAGAUUGGAAAUUAUUGAACGAAUAUGUGAUCUUGCUUUCAAAAAAACAUGGGCAAUUGAGACAGGCUAUUACAAAGAUGGUGCAAGAAGUUAUGACAUACCUUGAAAGCACUCCAGAUUUGAAAACAAAGUUAGAAUUGAUCGAUUCCCUGCGCACAGUAACCGAAGGAAAGAUCUAUGUUGAAGUAGAACGCGCUCGAUUGACAAGACUUUUAUCCAAGAUCAAAGAAGACGAAGGAAAAAUUAAUGAAGCAGCUGAUAUCUUACAGGAACUGCAG